AUGCCUGUACCAUCAAAGGAAGGCAAAGCAGAGACGUCUUGGAGGGUGGAGCCCACUGGAAGCUCUACGCCCACAGAAGUGGGAGACGAGACCUUCAUAUUAGCGCCAUGGGAGGCACGGAUUCCAUGCGUUAUUGAAGAUGCAGAAGCAGCGCGAGCCUCACAUGACCAGAUUGAGAGGGAACUCCUUGAUUGGGAGUGUGAGCGUACUUUUGACCGGUUGCAGGACGAUCUCCAACAUCUCCAGGAGACCCAGCAACUCCAGGAACACCAAGAUAUCCAACACCCACAGAUUAUCCGACAGCCCUCAGAUGCCAACAGCCCUCCGACGGUCUCGUUCUUCACCGAUGGUGGUGGCUACGAAGGCCAUGUGGGUGCCUCCGCGGUUGCCCCGCGCGCAGGCAUCUUUGAACGAAGACAUCUCGGUUCCAUGGAGGAGUCAUGA